GGCCCCAUCAAGAAGAUCGAGACGGACUUCAAGGCGGCCUCCACGGCCGCGAGCAUCCCCGACGACUCUCACGAGAUCGACGGCAAGCAGAAGGAGCUAGACAUCCAGGAGGAGAAGCUGCAGGGCCAGCACAUCCUCGCCAUUGGCCUCGCGCAGAAGCCCGAGACGGACAUCAUGAAGUUCAUGGCGGACUCUCCCGGCGUGCCCACGUUUUCUGGGCGCGGCAGGUCUGCCAUCAUGAAGUGCUCCGAGGCGCUGGCCUUGGAUCCAGAUCACUUCGACACAUCUUUCAAGCCGCCCUCGGACAUCUACGACGGCUGCGAGCAGCAGGCGAUGAAGGACACGGCGAACCUGGAGAACCCUAGGUUCAACACGGGGGCCACCAGCACGAUGCCCUCGCGCAUGGUGGACAAUUUUGGCGUGCUCACAACCUUCGAGUACGACUGGUCCGCCACCACGGUGCGCAACAGCGAGCAGGCGGUCAAGGCUAACUCCAUGGGCAUCGGCAAGAACAAGGGGAUCCCGUUCGGGGGCAAGGCGAAGGGCAAGGGCUCCCGCCUCCUCGACACCUGAUCCGCCCUCCAGCGCCCCUCGGCGCUUUCACGGCCCUAGCUGCUUGCGACAGGCCUGA